AGAUGCACUCCAUUUUACAAAUAAAUACGCCAGAAGUUCCCAGAGGAAAGCAAACUCUUGCUCCAAUACGUCCCCAUAAAGUCAUGUCAUUCUCAUUACCAAAAAAAGUCUGCACCUUUUAGGAUUUUUUUGUUUAAAAUCAAUUCCCAACCCAACAUCAAUAAAUCACUCACACCAACCACACUUCUUUAAGUCUGGUACAGAUCUCAAUUUGGCUCAGCACAAAACGAUUGCAUUUGUUUUUUGAUAUCGAAGAACCAAUCAUUGGAAAAACAUGGUAGGAGUGGUGGUAAACGAUGUUGAUGAUGCAGCGACAGAGAGCAGCAGCAGCAGCAGCAGCAGCAGCAGCAGAAGCGGAAGUGGAAGGCUGAUCUUCACAUACGGAACGCUGAAGAAGGGGUUCUCGAACCACGUUCUGAUGCAAGAGCUGAUCCGAAGCGGAGACGCCCGUUUCAUGGGGCUAUUCCAGACGGCUCAGCCCUACCCUCUGGUUUGCGGUCCCUACCGUGUUCCUUUCCUGCUGAACCUGCCAGGCUCCGGCCAACGCGUCCUGGGCGAGCUCUACGCCGUGUCCCCCGCAGGGCUGGCCCGUCUCGACGAUUUGGAAGGAACCACCCUCGGCCACUACGAGCGCCUGCCGAUCGACGUCGAUAUCCACAACAUGGGGUGGUCAAGGUCAGCGUCCACGGAGGCCUACUUCGCGCACCGCAGCUACGCCUUGGGCCUCUGGGAGAAGAAUGGGAACAAGGGUUUGAGCGCGUAUUCCGAGAGUGAUACCGUUGGAUAUGUCCGGCGCAAAGACAGGCCCCAGCAUCUUUCCUUUCUUGACCACAUUCGCUUGUUUCUCUCCUCUUCUCCUUCUCCUUCUCCUUCUCCUUCUCAGUAGUAUUAAUUAAAUAAAUAUUAUAAUAUUAAUUGUCAACGACCUGUACUUUAUAUAUAUAUAUAUAUAUAUUCUCAUUACUUUUUUC